AUGCAUUGCAUAGCACAAGCACUCACUAUAUUGGCGGGCUUCUCAGGCCUUGUCGAGUCCGCAGAUGAAGCUCUAUGGCCGCUUCAAAGCUUCAAGAGCUCAUCUGUCCAAACCCCCUUCAUGAAUGUCACCAAGAUGGGGCAGACAGAACCAGGAUACCUCUUCUUCACACCGCACGACGAACUCCGAAAGACUGGACACCCGGUAAUCUACUCAGAUGACGGCGAGCUGGUAUGGCAAGGCAAACCUGGAAACUACUCAGCACUCCAACCACAGAUGCUGAACGACGAGCCUGUGAUAGCCUACUGGUCCGGAUAUUCGGGCGAAGGCUUUGGGUUUGGGGCUAUCACCAUCCUCAACAGCUCGUACGAUGAGAUCCACCGCGUGACGCUGGACUGCAAGAAAGAAGGAUUCGUGACUGUGUUUGAUCCGCUCGAGCUUGAUUCGUGCAUUGACAUUCACGAAAGUCAGCUUACAGACAACGGAACCAUUCUCGUGACGGCUGUCAAUGUCACACAGGCUGAUCUGAGCGCUGUUGGUGGCCCCAAGAACGGAUGGGUGCAAGAUGCCCUUGUCUAUGAGAUCGAUCUGGUUACCAAUGACAUCGUCUUUCGCUGGAGUACACAUGAGAAUAGUGACCAGGUCUCUAUUACCAAUGCUCGGGCGCCAUUGGAAGGUUCUGGUGGAAAUAAGUCGGAUCCGUACGGAUACCCUCACCUCAACGCUGUCUACAGGUAUGGGGAUUCGUACUUGGUUUCAUCACGAUAUAUGUGCAGUUUGUUCUUCAUCGGUUCUGAUGGUAUGGUCAAAUGGCACCUUCAUGGCCGAACUGGUGGUGAUUUCCAGCUAGGCCUUGGCACGAGUUUUUGCUACCAGCACGAUGCACGAUUUGUCUCGCAAAGCGAAGAGCGAGUUACGAUCAGCCUACACAACAAUGAGAACACCGAGUUCACAGGCCACACAUCGCUGACAACCGGCAUGGUCUUGGAUGUGGAACUCCAAGGCUCGAAGCAAGUGACCCUGAAGAGUCGCAUGUGGGAUGCUGCCGAGCCCGUAUUUGCACAGUCGCAAGGUAGCUAUCAAUCACUCGGCAAUGGGCACAGCCUGCAGAAUCACGGUGCAACUCCCAAAAUCGAGGAGUAUGAUGAGAACGGAGCUAUUGUCAUGCGUGCUCGCUUUGGAUAUGACAACUCUAUGCAGACAUAUCGCACUUAUCGUUACCCGUGGGUCGGGCGACCGGCCACCAAGCCCGCUGCCGUGGCUUGUUCUAAUGAUGAUGGAAAGACUGUCGUUUAUGUUAGUUGGAAUGGGGCAAGUGACGUUCAGGCCUGGACAGUUCGUUCCGGGUCGGCAGUAGAAAAGACUGCUGUGCGGAAUGGAUUUGAGACAAAGAUCAUGAUCGAGGGGUUGGACAACAGCGACUCCAUUGUUGUCGAGGCAGUUGGUGGUGUUGGUGAUGGCAUGGCUUCGAAUCCUGUUACUGUUGGACAAUGCUAA